GACGACCAAAUCUGCGUCAUACCAUGCUGCAUCUGCAAGUCUCAACCUUAACAUAUCGACAUUUUCGCAAACCCAGCUACACUGAACGCGACUCACCUGGUCAACGACGCAAAUACCGGAAAGGCAAAUGAGCGCAUAUGCAGUAGCAUCGAACCUCUAGAUCGAAAGCCGCUCAUGUUGGAGUAUAAAAUAAGGCAGUCGCUUCCACCCUGAGGUGACUCCUUGCGACAAGCUCUUCUCAUCUUUCCCAUCGACUUGUUGCCGUACUGCAAAACACCGUACGCAAACAAUAGAAAAUCAUACCAUCAGACGCAAUCGAGCAAUCAAGGCCUCUUGAUUCACAUCUGAAGACCUGCAUCCAACUUGACCACAACCGCAAUGGAUCAACCUUCGCAGACUCCCGUGCCGGCUAAGCCAAAGCUGAAGCUCAAAGUGAGCAGCUCAUCGGGCAUUCCGACUAUCAGUUCUGCUACCACUCCGGCUUCUAAUAAUGGCAACUUUGCAACUCCCACCGUGAACGACUCGCCCGUUACUGCGAGCAAAUCCAAAAUCAAAUUCAAGGUCGGCACCAAGUCUCAACCGGCGACCCCAGCUACCGAGAUCAGCCAACCAACCUAUCCCUCAAACAAGCCAGCUGCUCCCACAUCGGCGCCGAAGAUCCCUGUGAAGACCAAGGCUGGCCGCGUCACCAAACCGAGCGCAAAGAAGCGGGCUAAGGACGACGCUCUUAGUGACGAUGAAGUCGCCCUCCCGCAAUCAGUGAAGCGCAUCAAGCUCAACCCAAAAACCCCCACGUCGCCCGCCGUGAAGGUCAAAGUCAAGAACAAGGGCCACGUCCCUGUACGUCCCAACGGAGAUGGUUACGACUCUGAGCUCGAGGACCGCGAGGUCGACCCCGUCGUGGAAGAGCAAUGUAUCCUGCGGUACGAAGGUGGCGUCGAGGAGGAUCUCGAAUACCUCUCACAGAUGAUUGAGCAGGGCCGCAUUGGCCCACCUACCGCAGCCAAUUUGAACAACAAAGAUAAAUCUGCCGCACAGUUUGGACUGAAGUGGCUUCCGGGGACGGAUAACAGGCGCGCAGUCGUGCGUAUCCGCAGCAACAUUUACGCCGCCGUGCUAUUGGAUCUCCCAACCAUCACGGAAAGCAUGAAGAGCUUCAAUAAGAAGGAUUUUAUGAAGUCGGCAGACAUCUGUCAGAUGUUGCUGAUCUAUAAAAAAGUCAAGGACGAGGCCGAGGCCAAAACGGCGCCGCUGCCGGCUAUUACUAGGGAUAAGGAGCACAAGUGGCCGCACGGACUUACGCCGCCGCUGCACGACGUCUACAACCGUCGCUUCCGUAAACGACUGUCCAAGAAGGAGAUUGAAGACAAGGAGGCCGAACUCAGGCGUCUCCAGGCUGCCGAUGAGGCGGCGGUAUCUACUCGCUACGAGAUUGUGACCAUAGGUGAAGACGGACGACCGGAAAGUCCUGAACACGAUGACGAGCAAGACGCUGAGGGCGAGGAAGACGACGUCGACCCGAUGCUCGACCAGGGCGGAGACGAGGAUGACAAUUUGGACCUCGAAGCCGAGUUCUUUGAGGCGCUGGUCCAAGAGGAGCAGCGGGGUAUGGGUGGCGACGAAGCGCCCGAGGACGACGCCGUGGCAGAGACACCCGCCCCGACACAGACCGAAGCUGCGACGCCUGCGGAGGAAUCCGGCGACGACGAAGACGGUGAGGAUGCGGACAGUGCCGAAGAAGGCGACGAUGCCGCCGAGGCCGAGGCUGCAGAGAAGGAGGAUGAAGACGAGGAGAUUGCCAACGCUCGUGCAGCCAUCGAGCAAAUCAAGGCCAAGAUACUGUCUGUGCAGGCCCCGAUUCUCAAGGCGAGACUUCAGCAAUCACUCAAGAGCGCUGAGAAGCAGUUGGAAAGUCUGCUUGCCGAGAGGGCUGCCGCUGCCGAGGGCUCCGAAGACGAGGACGGCGGCGAUGUAUCAGAAGAGGACUAAGGGUGUGAAUAGAGACGAGGUAUUCUGCAUAUUGUUAACUAGCAAAAAGCGAGCAAACUGGACUGGGAAGGACUUCUACACGGUACAAUCAUGUUUUCAUCAACAACGCAUCGUGGAAUCAGGGUACAUACGGAGCAAAUGGUUGUAUUUGGCGGCACGGCUGUGAACACUAGAUAUGAUAGCGACUGAAUUCACUGAGGCUUGACCUCUUUACAUACCUUGGUAAGAUACAGCAAAAAAAAACCAAUAAAAAGAAACAUAAACCCAUAAGCAAACAUAGCA